AUGGCUGGAGCAAGGCAAAAGCCGUGCGCUUCCACAGACUGCUGGCCUGGAACAGAGCGGCAGGCACAGACGUUUUUUCUGGCGCCAGCUACUGGUUCUAACUGUUGUAGUGAGUGGGACUUGCUUCGGCGCGAAAGCGGCUGGGGCGUGGCCACAAGGGGGUGCUAUGAGAAGGACGUGUGGUGGGGGGAUGGGCGUGUGCAGAGUCAGGGCUCUACAGCUCAGCUUACUAAGGAGUCAGGAGGCGUGUCUGUUGCAGAGCCCACCGUGUUCCCCGGGGUGUCGGCAUGGGAUCUUGAGGCUGGGUCUGCAGAGCAUUCUGGGUCGGACGUGCUCUGCAAGAAACCCAAAGCGUCCCUCAAAGUUCAAGUUCUCCAAAGCUUUAAUGCAAAUCCUCCUCUGAUCUCGGUGAUUGCAUCAGAAGAUGAGGAGGAAAUACAGUGCAAACCUAAGGAAGGAGCAGGAGCACCAGCAAAGGGCCAUGUUGGCGUGGGAGCUCCUAGCCUCGUGGAUGGAGAGUUCUGGGAGGACGGUGGUCUGGAGCCCAGGCAGCCUGGGGACAGGCAGCAGACCCUCUACCGUCCCACUUUGAUGUGUUGCAGCGACAGGAGUGAGGGGGAGGGGCUGGCGCCGGGGAGAGAGACUGCGCUGGGCUGCAGUCUGUCGGCUUGCCUGGAACUGUUGGCUGGGUUUCCGUGGCUUGGGGCGGGAGCGUGGCAUCAGGUUCGGGACGCCAAGGCCCCGCUCACGAGAGCGCCCCCUAUUAUCGCGGCCACAACGGCUCCGGAGCCUGGUUCGCGCAGCCGUGAGGGGGAUGCUCCGCGGGGAAGCGCCGCAGUUUGUCGAGGAGCCCCGAGCCCAGGAGAGCCGCCCGCCCCCCGCCGGGCCGCCGCUCUGGCUCGCGCGUUUGCUCUCCGGCCGGGACCAGAAUGGCCUCAGCCGUCAGCGUGGCGGCCAGAGCCGCGCCUCCGGAAGCAGCCCAGCCGCUCGCGCUCGAGAGCCUCAGAGUGGCAGGGGCCGUGGAAUCUGAGGAGAGCCCAGCGCAGAAUCUGCAGACGCACACAGCCUCCUCGAGUGCGCACUCAGGACAUGGAGCCUCUGCCCCCGUGCCGCCGCGAAUUUGCCUGCUUUCGCAGACGGGAAGCCGAGGACGACCGCGAAGAGCUGCGUGAAGCGAGGCCUGCGGAAGGCGGAGAGCAAGAAGGCGACGGCGGCGACCAUGGCGGCCAAGCUCCUGGCCUGGUGGAGGUGCGAAACCUCGAGGCCGUUGGCACUGGCAGCGGCGAAGCUAGAGAGCCUGGAGAGGCGGGGCAGGAGGAGCUGCCUGCGCAGGCUGCCAUUGGGGAUCCGGAGCCCAGAGAAGAGCCGCAGCGGGCCCAGCGUCACCUCUCCACCUACUCCCAGCUGCUGCUAAUGGAGUAUGUUUUCCAGCACACUGGCUAUCCCAGCAUGGCCCUGCGACAGGAACUUGCAGGAAUCGUGGAUGUAUCUGAAGCCACAGUGCAGGUUUGGUUCAGGAGGAGGAGGGCCAUUUGGAGAAGACAGCAGAGGCCGUUAAGGUUUAGAUUGCCGCAUCCCGUGCUGCUCGGCCGCACCACAGUCCUAACCUUGUUCGGACUGUGCGAUGCCUCCGUUCUUCAAGAGCUGGAUGUCAUAUGGGUUCUUCCGGAGCCAGGACCACUGAGGCAGCCUCUGCUGAACCUGCGGGACUUUCCUCCUCUUGUCUUGCCUGUUCUGCCCUGGAUACUCCCGCGUAGGCUUCCCCGUGCCUGGCCUUAGGGGGCAAGGCCUGGUGCCUUACCAUCUGUGUUCCUUUUGAAGUCCCCAUUUUCUAAGGAACGGUCUGUGUGGCACUACGUGCUUUUGAGCCACAUUCACACUCAUAUCUCACCAUCAAGCAUCAUUCCCCAAAUGACCGCUGAAGUUUCAGGCAGCCCAAAGUUCUUGCCCCUCUG